GUGUUCGAGGUUUGCAGAAAUGAGCUUUACUGUAGCCUGAGCUGGCUUCUGGCCUCUGCCUUCUGUCUUGUUUUGAAGUUGUGUACUUAUAACUGUUAUUUUAUGGGUCUGCAAAUACUGGUAAUAUAUUUCUGGCUCUUCUAUGCUGGUGCAAUGGAAGGUCAGAUGCCCGAGAUUUUGACAAUGAUCCAAAUCAAGCGUAUGACACCCACCCCUGCAGUGCUGUUCAUGGCCUUCCUCAGUCUUAUCUACCUCAUCUCAAGUAACAUCUUUGCCCUCAUCUCUUAUGUUGGUUUUGCUACCUGGAUAUCAAUCGGCCUUGCUGUCCUGUGUGUACCGUGGCUGCGCUGGACAGCACCUGAUUUGGAAAGGCCAAUCAAAGUGAAUCUUGUCUGGCCAAUCCUGUAUAUCAUCGCUACUAUAAUCAUCACCAUUGUUCCCAUGAUUGCAGCGCCCAUUGAAACUGGUAUUGGUGUGGGAAUUAUCUCUACUGGUGUCCCGGUUUACCUCAUCUUCGUCAAAAUGCGGAAACCAGCUUUUAUCACGACGAGACUAAACCCCAGACUCCCAGAGAGUUGAGAUAAACCUCCUGCCAGAACCACAACUGCAGCUUGUCCUACAAUUCCAGCUCACCACCACCACCUGAUUAGGCUGGCAAGGGAUUUAUAUGCCAAAGGCCAAGCCUUUACAUAAAUUAAAUUCUACAGUAUAGUGCCGUAUUAAUACUCUAUUAUGCAAGGGUUCUACACUAAAAUUACAUUUUUCAGUAAAAAAAUUACAACCUUAAAUGGAAUUGAUGACGAGGUAGUGAAAUGGAUCAGUCCACAUAGGCCACAAACAAACCAGUCCUAGUAGGUCCCAAAUUAACUAGUCCUAGUGGGUCCCAGUCCUAAUAGUGUAUACUGUAGGUCGGUCAGGAUGGGGUGUAUUAGGACUCAUCAUAUGACCUAAAACCUUAGAAUUUAUGGUAAGGAAUUGUCUUGUACAUUUUUCUCAGUUAUAUCCCCAACAGUUUUAGUUAACAGACUUUAUCUUGUCAAAAUUAUUAAGAUAAUGUCUUGGAAUGUUAAUGGUCUACGA